AUGGCUCGUAUUCAACACAUUCAUCCAGCUUCCGUAUUGGCCUCCCCGGCUCCAAAGUCACAUCGAGAAUUUCGCGCUCUGCGACAACCGCAAGAGCAACCACGCACAAGCAAAUCUGGUGAUAGAUGCCAACCACCACGCUCACAAUCCCGAUCACCCAUGAGAGCAACUCGUCCAGACUACCAUACUACAUCCGUCCCAACUCAAACUACCCCAUUGCACAUGAGAGUCAAUAGUAAACACGAUCGCUCAGAAACUAUCAUGAGACUUGAACAAGGAGGAAAAGUCAGUGACAACAGAUCUCUUAUCUCAGAUCUUGACAUGGAAUCCCUAAAGGCAAACCCUCACUGGCAUCCAUCCAGAGACCCUACCUUUAUUCCGUUUGUACCCCCAACCGAGAUUACCAUUAUCACCAAAGAGCCCAUUCGGGAAGAACCUGCUAGUGCUCCUCCUGCCAACAGAUCGUCCACCAGUGUUGUCGGUGGAAGAAAUCCAAUCACUGGAGCCGACUUUGUUCUGCGGCAAAGCAAAGAAUAUAACCCUGCAAAGGUAGAGGAAGAUCAUUCAUCCUUCAACACCAGCGAAACGGAAGACAUUCUGAGCGAUGGUUACGGCUCCACCGAGACCAUGAUGCAAGGAAAGAGUCGUAAAGGUCUCCUGCGUCGAGAGAUUAGCAACCUGCUUCUCAAGAAGGUCAAUGUCUUUAAGCGAACAGGAACCCCAAGCCGAGGAGUCUUUCGCGUCCAAAGUCGCAGCGGCUGUAUGGUAUAA